GGGAGGAAUGCCUGGUUCAGUACGGCUGAGAGACAGCGAGAUCCUUCAGAGAAUUAUGGUUAGACAAGCUGAAGAGAAAAGAUUGUAUGGUGCUAUAUGUGCUGCACCAGCUGUUGUUCUCAUGCCCUGGGGUCUUCACAAGGGAAGAAAGAUCACCUGUCACCCGUCCUUCGUAGGAGAUCUUCCAACAUUCCGAGCUGUUGAGUCAAAUGUUCAGGUUUCAGGAGAGCUCACUACUAGUCGUGGUCCUGGGACAGCAUUUCAGUUUGCUUUAUCAUUUGUCGAGCAAUUGUUUGGGCUUCACGCUGUUGAAGAUGUGGACAGUACUUUGAUUGAUGCUGCUCUUGAAAGAAGUACAGAAGUCAACAGAGUUGAAUGGCCUUUUGAUCACAAACCUCAGGUUCUCAUUCCAAUUGCAAAUGGGUCUGAGGAGAUGGAGAUCAUAAUGUUGGUGGAUAUUUUAAGACGGGCAAACAUAAAUGUGGUGUUGGCAUCAGUUGACGAGUCCACAAAUGUUGUUGGGUCUCAAAGAAUGAAGAUUGUUGCUGAUAAAUGCAUAUUGGGUGCUUCUGAUUCAAAAUAUGAUCUAAUCAUUAUUCCUGGGGGACCUGCCGGAGCUGAGCGUCUUCACAGGUCUACAACUCUUAAGAAGCUACUCAAGGAACAGAAGCAAGCAGGCAGGAUGUAUGGUGGGAUCAGUUAUUCUCCAUUGAUAUUGCAGAAGCAAGGUUUACUCGAGGAUAAAACAGUAACUGCUCAUCCUUCCAUAGUCAGUCAGCUCACUUGCCAGGUUAUUGACAGCUCAAAGGUUGUGAUUGACGGAAAUUUGAUUACCGGGAAGGGACUCGGAACAGUCAUGGAUUUCUCCCUGGCUAUUGUAAGAAAAUUCUUUGGCCAUGGGCGAGCAAAAGGUGUGGCAAAUGGAAUGGUUUUUGACUACCCCAAGAGCAGAAACGCCUAGCAUUGCUGGUACAAUGGAGUAAUGCGCUGAAUGUUUGGUUAUGGAAUAUAGAUCUUGCGGUAGCUAUGCUCAAACUUUUAAGUGACUGACUCUCUUGCGGAGAUGGGAAAUUUUCUUCUGUUGCCGUCUUAGUGGAUAGCUGCAGACUGCAGUGAAAUGUCCACUGAAUAUGUUGGGAUGAACCACAACUGCAUUGGGAAAAUCCAGUUGGGGUCAGUUCAUCUCAAGAUGUUCUGCGCCGAUGCGGCAUCAUGGGCAUCAAGGGCCGCACGCUCCAUGUGUGCUUUAAGGGCGCGGGCGCGGAAGACCUCCCCAGCGGCGGCGGCUCCCAGUACAGCAGCAGCGUCAUGCACGAGUGGGCGCUGGACCGCGGGACAGCAUGUGACAACAUAUAGGCACUAUGUUGACAAGUUUAUUUUCAACUUCUGGGCAAUCUGCUUGCGUACGCUUUGCUGAAUAUUGAGGUGGAUGGCCUGCAAACAUGACAAUACAGCAAGCAAAAAUAGAUCCAUCCAACUGCUCAUUGUUUGAUAUUGCUUUGGUGCUUAAUACUUGCUUAUAAUUUUGCUUCGUGACCGAACGAGUUUGUAUGUUAUGUUUGCUGUCAGAAUUUGUCCAAGAAAACACAUUUGGUAAUGCAUCUUGGGUCGGUGCUUCUGUUUA